AUGUUUAAGAAGCGCACACUCAAGUCAUCAACUACGUCGACAAGGCGACGUGCUGAACAGCCAGUUGAAGAAAAUGAUGAGUCGAGCAUCCUCUCAGAUACUUCGAAAAAGCGGAAGAUCACCACCUCGAAUGCUUCGAAACCAUCGCGGAACAUUGAUCACGAGAAUAAGGACCUACCGAGAACAGGCAAGCCUGAAGAAUCAGAGGAACCAUCAAAGAAGGCUAUAGCUGGACCCAAGCCUGCUCCGGAGAACAUCAAAGUCAUCACUCUCACCGACUUUCAACCUGACAUAUGCAAGGAUUUCCAACAAACAGGUUUCUGUGGCUAUGGCGACACUUGCAAAUUCUUACAUAUUCGUGAUGAGCUGAAGCAGAAGAGGCCUAUAGUUAAGGAAUGGGAAAAUGUGGCUUCGAAGCCAGAGACAGAACAGAAGCAAGGAAAGGAGAACGUCCCAUUCAAAUGCCCCAUCUGCAAGGAAGACUAUAAGAACCCAGUGAAAACUUCAUGCGACCACAUUUUUUGCCAAAAGUGUUUCAUGGCGAGGUUCAAACAGAAUAAGACCAAGUGCUUCAUUUGCAAAGAGGAGCUGGGAGGAGCGGUGCAGCCAUUGCUGAAGAAAGAGAAGGAGGAAUUAUUAGGCACGAAAUGA